AUGCAACAAAUUCCUCCUGAUUCAAGAAUGCGAGAGGAAACCAAUUUUAUCGGCUUUACAUGCGCCAUUUUUGAUCUGCAUUAUACUCCUUGCUAUUUUGGGUCCCAUCCAAUACAAAAGGAUGAAAAUGACCGGAAUGAAGAAGCACAACAGCUACAAAUUUCGGAAAUUCUUGUCUUCCCGAUGCCUACUUCGGCCAUGCAGUCUUCAUUGAUGGACGUAGAUAGAAGCACAUCUUCGCCUUUCUAA